AUGAUGAAUGUACUCCGCUCCAUGUUCGGUGUGUGCAGCAGUUCAGCAGAGAAGGGGGAGGUUCAUGACAUGAUCAGGAAGAUCUUCGGAAACGAGCUAGUGAUGAAGGAUAACACAGAUAAACAUAACCAAAGAAGUAAAUAUGUAAACCAUGUACGUGAUAAUAUUUCGAAAGUUCUGGAUACAAAAUUGAACAGUCACAAGUCUAAGCCGUCGAAAAAACAUUCCGCUACGACCGAGAGCACAGAUUCAAAUGAUGAGAGGCCCGGCAGAGUUGGACCGAAAUUAGUUGUUUUUGAUGCGUCUACAGGAACUGGCAGACUAGUUUUAGUUGGUGACGAACGAGUCAGCGUACAAGGUUUGUCAAGUUUCGCAACAAUAAGAGCUACGGCAUGUGUUUACGCUGGCAAGUGGAUGUACGAAGUGCAACUAGGUACUAAAGGCAUUAUGCAGAUUGGCUGGUGCACAGCAUCUUGUACCUUCUCAAUGGACACGGGAGUAGGAGACACGGCUAAUUCAUAUGGUUUUGAUGGCGGAAGAGUCAGAAAGUGGAAUGUAGCUACUUCUCAAUACGGGCAGUCUUGGUUACCAGGAGAUGUUAUUGGAUCUUGCAUUGAUUUGGAUAAAGGAACCUUAGAAUAUUACAGAAAUGGCGUGUCAUUGGGCGUGGCAUUCGAUAAUGUAACACACGGCAAUAGUGUAGCAUAUUUUCCAGCAGUAUCAUUGGCUAUGCAAGAGCAUCUCUACGCUAACUUCGGACAUGUGCCGUUUGUUUUCCCGGUCGAAGGAUACGCUGCACUCCAAGCUGCUCCAGUACGAGAGUGCACACGAGCAAUGUUUCUGUUUAAAUCACUUGAUGCGUUACUUGAUGAACUGAACCGGAAUUCUGAUGUAAAACCACCAGUAACAGCCAAAAGUAGUAAAGCCAAAUCAGAUUCAUCUAAAGCAGAAGUGGAAGUAGCGCUUCGGAUCUACAGCUCAAAUUCUAUAUACAGUCCGCGAGCCUCGCCGCACAACAUGCUGGAUGCUCAAAGUGCAGAAGUUAAGAAGAUGUCCAAAAGGGCAUUUCUAAUGUCACUCGCACGUAUUGUGGUGUCAGAACUGGGGACAGUUCUUCGCAUAACAUACGUGGUGGUAGCGGAACUACUGCCGAGAUUGAGAGGGGCACUCGGCUUGAAAAAUAGAGCUAUAAAUAUUGAUCAGAAUUCUUUUGAAUUCUAUACAAAAACGAAGGAAGAGAAAUUUAAAGGUCUUUCCCAAAAAAUCUUAUCUCAGCCUCAACCCCGUCUUUGUACACUUUUGGAUUUGCUUUGGACGUUUCUUGAAGAGGCGGCCUUGUGUGAUGUGUUGGAGCACUGUGUCGUCAGGGAGUGUCUGCUCUAUGACCUUGUGUCGCCGGAUAUGAAUUUCACACAGCAAACUGAGGGACUUUACGUACUAUGUGGCUUAAUGCAGCACCGAGAGACGAGACAUCACCUCGUCAAAUAUGUGUUCUUUAAUAAAAUAACGUUCGACAAUUUCCUAAAUAUAAAAUGUCCAGAUGAGGUCGUUUUAAAAACGGUCAUACAAAAAGUUUGGUGGCAACGACCCACUUCGGUACAAGGAGAGACAGAUCCAAAGAUCACUGAAAUAACGGGGAAGGGUGCGAAGGAUCUCACAUUCACACCAACUGGGACAGAUAAAAUGUCCAAGCCCCCUCCGAUUUCUCAAUAUGAUGCCAAUUUAGAGGCUCAGUAUAAAGAAGAUUGUGAAAAAAUUACAAACGCUAUCGCUCCUCUUGAGUGGAUUCAGUUGGAGUUCUUGCUAAUACUACUUGACAAUACAGAUGGUACGACAAUGGUACCGUCGACCAGAAAAAUUUUCUUGGAAAAGUUUCGAAGAUAUAUAAUGGAAAAUUGUAUAUUAGAUAUGAGACUGUUUAAUGUGUCAAGAAACACACCAGCCAUAUCCUGGUGCUGUCAUGCUCGCCUUCUGACUGCUGUCUUACGUUUAUGGAACGAAAAUCCCUUAGGUAGUCCACACAUGCCUCCUCAUAUACCAGCAAGAACAUUCAUAGACGGUGACCUUGACUUCUACAAUGUUGAUCGACUCGGAGGAGUCUUACCUUUUUUGGUAAGGACUUUAAGGAACGAUCUAAUUCAGGUUCUCGGCGAAGAUAAUCCAUUUGUACAAAGCUUUGAACCGAAUUACAAUAGAGCUGGCGGAGUUGAUACUGGGGUAAGUGACAUGGCAGCUGGUUCCCCAGGACUGGCGACGCUACCUCAGGUCAUAUCUUCGAUGGCGCGGUUUAUGCAUCCCCAAAUGUCUCCAAUGAUGAAUAGUUUAUAUCCGAGACCAACCGGUGAAACAGCCUUAGCUCUGAAAGGCACAAGAUCUGUGAUGCCCGGAGCCGGGUGUAUUGAUAUUAGAACAGCUUAUUUGAGACUCGUUGAUGGAUUACUAGCAUUGUACCAUGGAGUCGCUGUCAAAUAUGCUGAAAAGCUUUGUGAGCUCCGUGAUAAUCAACAAGACAUGGCGGACUGUCUCUAUGAUAUAGAACAACGAAUUUUAACUGUAUCAAAUGAACUUCAGAUUGUUCAAGGUACCAAUAAAAAUUUAACUGAAGCAGAAAAUAUAAGAAAACAUCUUAUUGAGAAGAUGUUGAGUGAGCUGGAAAGAUCGAAAAGUGUCUACGAGGAGAAAUUAGAAGCUAGCUCUCUUCAAAUGGCUUGGGUUAUUGGAGCAAUAUGGACAAAACAGAGGCAGCAAGAAUUGGCGAAACACUUCGCUGGUACUCUUCAUUCAUUACGAUUCGCUUCUGAUCCUGACUACGCUGCUCAUGUUCAGGCAACGAGUAAAGAAAUAUUGCCUGGAAAGAGUUCGAUACUGGGUGGAAGUUAUGCUUCGUUGCAGUUGGAAUACACGUCUAGUUCGGAUCAAAGUCCUCAGACUCCCACGCCGAGGGCGGACUCGCCUCGCACAUACUCCAACACGCAAAUGGAGAUAAAUCCGGCAAUAAGCACCAGCCCAGAGUUUACAGAGUCGUUAUUUGCGUUUGUUCCGGAAUACCACGUGGACGCCAUGUUGGAACUUUGCAACACGUUGAGACUGUACAUGCACCCGACUAUUCCUGUAACACAAAUACCAGAAUGGGAAGAACUAGUAGUGUCAUGUGCAGCAUUCCUUUGCGCUGAAUUCGCCGAUCCUCGAAUAGUGCUGGCCAGUACGAGAGAAGCCCUCGUCCAAACAUUAGCGUCCUUCGCCACACAACCAGCGACUAUGCGAGCGAUCGAACGAGUGCCUCUAAAACAACAAAUGUGCAUGGUCGAAGAAUUAGUACGUCCAUACCAAAACCGCGCAUGGGCUCAGUCGAACUGGGUGCUUGUUCGCUUCUGGCAUGGUUCAGGGUUCGGGUUCAGACAUCGACAAUGGCCACAUUUGGCAGCCAGAUAUGGUGAUAGAGAACCAACGGUCAACAAUUUGGGAGCUAAAGUCGACGCUGGGCUGAUGAGUCAAUGUUUUGGUCCAUGUCCAUCUGAAGUGAUUCAGUGCCGUAUCAGAGACUAUCUGACUACCCAUCCAAAGGAGGCUGCACUCUUCUUGAAUUCUCUUCUCAGCCAGCUAAACUGGGCCUUUUCUGAAUUUUUUACUAUGAUGCAAGAGAUGGACAGGGUACAAGUGGACGCUCACUUAGAACCACGUCACAUCAAACUUUGUGCGACCUGCUUUGACCUCUACCACGGUUUAGCGCGCGCUUUGGAAUUGACGCUCGCUUUGGUUCCAGAGCUAUUGACGAAGCCAGAGGCAAGCGAUAAUCAGAAUGAACUGCUAUUGGGAAGGACUUGUCAGAUCCUGAUGGCGGUAAUAUCUCGUGUUUGUGUUCGAGGGGGCGGUGGCGCUGGAUUCAGUAGACUUGUAGCGAGAGGUUUACCAGACACAGACAGAGUUCACUAUUACGUCGCCCUGGCGCCGGUGGCUGGAUGUUUGAUAAGGAUAUUGGACCCUAAGUUGUCUGAAGAGCACCUGAACAAAGUAACCAUAUCCCUCGUAUCAGAGCCGCUGUUCCGCUUGGACGGUCUCGAGUUUAUGUUGGAGAAAGAUAAUAGCAAGCACUUCUCCUUCUACAAAUUCCCAGAGGACGUAACGACGCACGAGUUGAGGGCGUUGGAGAAGGUGGUGGCGCGAGUGCGCGCGGCCCGCGAUACACUGAUGCGGUGUCGCUCGCCGGGCUCGAGCGGCGCGCAGUCGGAUCUAUUGUGUACGAUCUGCUACGCGAGACCCGCUGAUACCGCCUUCAUGCCGUGUGGACAUCACUCUUGCAGGGCAUGCAUAAUGCAACAUCUACUCAACAGUAAACAAUGUUUCUUUUGUAAAGCUGAAAUCGAUAACGUGAGAGAAAUUGAACCAGUUAACGCCUAAUUGAAAUAAAUCAUAGAUAUUGGCGUCGUUUCAAAGCCUGGUUCCUACAUCAGAAUAUAAUUUUCCAAGAUACUGUUAUCGGUUGGAGUUUUAAAAAUUGCUUUCUGAUACGGUUAAUGAUACCAAAAGUAUUCGUUUUUGAAUGUAGAAGCCGGGUUUUAGUUUAAUAUAGUAAACUUGAGAGCAUUAUGUUGUAUAUUUGAUUUUGUUAUUUAUUUGAUUUUGUUAUUGUUACUUAUCGAUUACUUAUAUCUUCGAUUUAUUUUGUGCAUACUCAUGCUUAAAUACAUUUGAAACUGA